AUGGCAGCAGAGAUAAAACCUGCGCCCGGCGUCAGCAAUGACAAAUUUAGUUCAAGUCGAAAACCAAUAUUACUUUCGAAAUUAGAAGGCUGUAAUGAUGAUAUCAAUGUCGCUAUUAUCAUACCCAAGGAAGAAGGUGUUAUUAGUGUUUGCGAUGACAGGACUGUCAGAGUAUGGUUAAAGCGAGACUCAGGACAAUAUUGGCCAAGUGUUUGUCAAUACAUGGCUUCUGGAGCAACUGCUAUGGAUUAUCACGUUGAAACAAGAAGACUAUUUGUUGGAUUAGAAAAUGGUUCUAUUGACGAAUUUUUAUUGGAGCAGGAUUAUAAUCGUAUGACUGCAAUGAGAGAGUAUGUAGCUCACAGAGCUCGUAUUACAGCCAUUGUCUUUUCAGCAGUGCAUGGCUGGGUAAUGAGUGUCAGUAGAGACAAAACGUUUCAAUUACACUGCUCUGAAACUGGGAAAAGACUCGGGUCGUAUGGUUACGGCACAUUGUUUGCGGCGCAUACUGGAAGUAUCAGGUCACUGGCGUGGGAUCCUGAGAAGCAGCUAUUAUUUUCUGGGAGUUUUGAUCAAACAAUUAGAGUCAUGGAUAUCGGCGGAGGCGAAGGAGUUGGUUAUGAGCUACGUGGGCAUCGCAAUAAAGUUACUGCACUAUGUUAUGCACGUAAUGAGCGAGUACUGUUUUCUGGUGGCGAAGAUGGUGUUAUUGUUUGCUGGAAUAUGGCUGAAUCAAGACGAGAAACGACACCUUGGAAAGAAUCUGACACUUGUGAGUCUUGCGGACGACCUUUUUUUUGGAACAUGAGAGCAAUGAUGGAUCAGAGACAGCUGGGACUGAGACAACAUCAUUGCAGAAAUUGCGGUAGAGCUCUCUGUGCUUCAUGUUCAGCGCAACGUAUUCCAAUUCCACCAAUGGGUUUUGAAUUCGAAGUGCGAGUUUGUGAUCCGUGUCAUACUCAAUUAAAAGCUGCCAAUCAAUCGGCAAUGGCAUCAUUCCACGAUGCAAAACACAGCAUCAUGUCCAUGAAUCUCGAUAUAUCACGGCGUAAAUUAUUAACAGUUGGUCAGGAUCGUAUUAUUAAAAUAUGGGACAUUACUGCUCUUCUCCAGUAA